AUGCUAUCCGAACACACCCGUACUAUAAUUAAAGCUACUGUUCCAGUCUUGGAACAGCAAGGCACUGUCAUCACGCGUACUUUUUACAAAAAUAUGCUUGCUGAACACACAGAACUACUCAACAUUUUUAACAGAACUAAUCAGAAAGUUGGUGCGCAACCAAAUGCCCUGGCCACCACUGUUUUGGCUGCUGCCAAGAACAUUGACGACCUGUCCGUUCUUAUGGAUCAUGUUAAGCAGAUUGGCCAUAAACACCGUGCUUUGCAGAUCAAGCCUGAACACUAUCCAAUCGUCGGUGAAUAUUUACUGAAAGCCAUCAGGGAGGUUUUAGGUGACGCUGCUACCCCUGAAAUUAUUAGCGCUUGGGGCGAGGCUUACCAGGCUAUUGCUGAUGUCUUCAUCACUGUUGAAAAUAAAAUGUACGAAGAAGCUUCAUGGUCAGGUUGGAAACCGUUCGAAAUUACGGCUAAAGAGUAUGUUUCCUCUGAAGUUGCUCAAUUCACUGUUAAACCAAAGGUCAAUUCCGGCAUUGACUUGGCAAUUUUGCCAAUUACUCCAGGUCAAUAUAUUACUGUAAACACUCACCCAGUUAGACAGGGGAAUCAGUACGACGCUUUAAGGCAUUAUUCACUCUGUUCUGCUUCUGCCAAGGACGGUUUGAGAUUUGCAGUCAAGAUGGAAGCCGCUAGAGAUGAUUAUCCUGCAGGCCUGGUCUCUGAGUAUUUACACAAAGACGCUAAAAUCGGGGAUGAAAUAAAGCUAAGUGCUCCAGCUGGUGAUUUUACCAUUAACAGAGAAUUGAUCAACCAGACGAAAGUUCCAUUAGUACUAUUAUCCUCUGGUGCUGGUGUUACACCAAUUUUAGCCAUGUUGGAAGAACAGGUUGAAUGCAACCCGGAAAGACCAGUUUAUUGGAUUCAAUCUUCUUACGAUGAAAAGACACAAGCCUUCAAAAAGCACGUUGAUAGACUACUAGCCAGAUGUUCAAAUGUUGAGAAGAUUAUUGUCCAUACUAACACUCAACCGAUGAUUGAUGCUAAAUUCUUAAAGGAAAGGACACCUGCACAUGCAGAUGUGUACACCUGUGGCUCUUUAGCCUUCAUGCAAGCUAUGCUUGGACAUCUUAGAGAAUUGGAACACCGCGACGACAUGAUACAUUACGAACCUUUCGGUCCAAAGAUGUCGACUGUCAAUGUUUAA